CAUUGAGCGAAUCAGACGAUCAAGGAACACAGCGCUGCCUGCCUGCAUUGAGAGCACUUUAUUUGGUUUUCGACAUGGAAAACCCAGAAAUUCCACCUUCAACUCCUUCACUUUCAACUGAUCGUGGUGAUGAAGAAGAAGACCACCCGUGGCCCUAUUUAGAGUCCAUGUUUGCAUUUGUCGGAGUGAAAGACAAUUCAUAUAGAAUGAAGUGCUUACCCUGCCUCCCGAAAGAUUGCAAAAUAACGUCCUUAAAAAAUUCACCGUCGAAUUUAAAGAAACAUAUCAAGUUUAAUCCAGCUGAACUUGCAUUCCUGUCAGAGUAUGCUGCUGUCAUGACUCCAGCAACUAACAUUUUGCAAGCUGAAACCAAUAUCCAGAUGGGGUGGCUGCUUCCAACCGUCAAGCUCCUGAAAAUCAAGCUAAACAGGAUCAAGCUACGGCUGAAAUACUGCAAGCCAAUUGUUGAUGCCUUGCAGGUGGGCAUUGAUGAUCGUUUUGGCCCUAUGAUAGAAGACCCAGAGCUGGUGGCCGCUGCUAUUCUGCUUCCAAAACUCAAGACAAAUUGGACACAGGAAGAUGAGACAAUCAAAAUAGAGCGCAGCCCCCUCAGAGGAAGAGAGGCGGAGUUGCAUGCCCUCAACACAGGGGGAAGAAACCCACAGAAAGGCGUGUUCUUCCGAAGCCUGUGAGCGAGAGCUAGACCGAGCAGAUGAGGUCGAAGAUAGGGACAAGCCCAUCUUGAACCCUCUGCAAGUUACAUCUGCGACUCCCAAGAACUGCCACACCGCUCUGCCACGAGAACCGACAGCGUGCUUCGCUCCCAAGCAAGCCACACACACAGCCAGAAAGUGCGCUCUCUUAUUCUUUAAAUUCCAGCACACUCCUUCUCCAUUCCUCAGGCAUCUUCUCACAUUCCAAAAUCUUCUUAAACAAUCUUGUUAAAAACUCCACACCAUUUCUCCUAAACAUCUUCAUGCUUCUACCAG